GUUGGUUUCGUGCCGGUGGUGGUGGAUUGGGUCCCAAAGUGCCAAGUGCUGGACACACAACGCAGAAGGUCGUUCUUACCCUGAGAAUCUUUGGACAUGUCCACACAACAGAAGCCUAGCACAGGAGGGCCCUGAUUUCAGUUGCGGUUGUGGGGUGUGUGGCAAGGCACCUCCUCAGUCUCCCUAGUCUCUGCUCCUUUCAGCCCUGGUGAGACAGGCUCAGUGAAAAAGUGAAUCCUGAUGUCUUCCUCACCUACUUCACCAUCUUCCCCUAAACAAACUGUGGCCUCAGUAGUUCCUUUUGCAGAUCUGUGUUCAGUUUUAGAACAAAUACAGAAAUGUAAAUCCCGGCCAGAGAAAAUCAAGAAUUUCAAGGAAUUUUUAGAUUCAUGGAGGAAAUUUCAUGAUGCUCUUCAUAAAAAAGAGGAAGAUGUCACAGACUCUUUUUAUCCAGCAAUGCGACUUAUUCUUCCACAAUUGGAAAGAGAGAGAAUGGCUUAUGGAAUUAAAGAAACCAUGCUUGCGAUGCUCUAUAUUGAACUGCUCAAUUUACCCAAAGAAGGAAAAGAUGCCCUAAAACUUUUAAAUUAUAGAACACCCACUGGCUCCCAUGGAGAUGCUGGAGACAUUGCAAUGAUUGCCUAUUUUGUAUUGAAACCGAGGUGCCCAAAACAAGGCAGACUGACCAUACAACAGGUGAAUGAGUUCCUGGAUUCAGUUGCUCGUAAUAAUGCUGCCAAAAGGAAGGACCUAGUAAAGAAAAGUCUUCUUCAGUUAAUAACUCAGAGCUCAGCACUUGAACAAAAGUGGCUGAUUCGGAUGAUUAUAAAGGAUCUAAAACUUGGUGUUAGUCAGCAAACCAUAUUUUCCCUUUUCCAUCCUGAUGCUGCUGAGUUAUACAGUAUCACAACUGACCUGGAGAAAGUUUGCAGACAACUGCAUGACCCUUCUGUAUCACUCAGUGAUGUUUCCAUCAUGUUGUUUUCUGCCUUUAAACCUAUGCUUGCUGCUAUUGCUAAUGUCCAGCAAAUUGAGAAACAAAUGAACCGCCGAAGUUUUUACAUAGAAACUAAACUAGAUGGUGAACGUAUGCAGAUGCACAAAUAUGGAGAUGUAUACAAGUAUUUCUCUCGUAAUGGGUUUGAGUAUACUCAGCAGUUUGGUGCUUCUCCCCUUGAAGGUUCAUUAACUCCAUUUAUUCAUAAUGUGUUUAAAAAUAGUAUACAAAACUGCAUUCUUGAUGGUGAAAUGAUGGCCUACAAUCCCAAUACACAAACUUUUAUGCAGAAGGGAAACAAAUUUGACAUAAAAAGAAUGGUAGAUGAUCCUGAUCUGCAGACAUGCUUUUGUGUGUUUGAUGUAUUAAUGGUUAAUGAUCAGAAGUUGGGUCAUGAGAUACUAGGCAAAAGAGGUGAGAUUCUAAAUGAGCUGUUUACACCAAUAAUAGGCAGAAUACACCUAGUGCAUAAAACACAGGCUAGCACCAGGAAAGAAGUAGUUGAUGCUCUAAAUGAAGCAACAGAUAACAGAGAAGAAGGAAUCAUGAUAAAAGAUCCUAUGUCCAUUUACAAGCCAGACAAACGUGGGGAAGGGUGGUUAAAAAUCAAACCUGAGUAUAUCAAUGGGCUCAUGGAUGAACUAGACCUAUUAAUUGUUGGUGGUUACUGGGGGAAAGGUUUGCGUGGUGGCAUAAUGUCUCAUUUUUUGUGUGCUGUUGCUGAGAGUUCCCCUCCUGGUGAAAAACCAUCUGUCUUUUAUUCUAUUUGUCGUGUUGGUUCUGGUUACACUAUGAAGGAGCUAUAUGAUCUUGGUUUGAAAUUGGCCAAACACUGGAAGCCUUACCGUAAAAGAGAUCCUCCUUGUAAUAUUUUAUGUGGAACUGAGAAGCCUGAAGUCUACAUAGAGCUUUGUAACUCAGUCAUAGUUCAGAUUAAGGCAGCAGAGAUUCUUACUAGUAAUAUGUACAAAACUGAUUGCACUUUGUGAUUCCCUCGAAUUGAGGAAAUAAGAGAGGACAAAGAGUGGCAUGAAUGUAUGACUUUGGAUUUCUUAGAACAGCUCAGAGGUAAAGCAUCAGGGAAGUUAGCAUCUAAGCACCUUGAUAUGGGUGAUGAUGAACCACAAGAAAAGAAACGGAAAACUGUACCAAAGAUUACGAAAAUAAUUGGAAUCAUGGAUCAUUUUAAAGCCCCUGAUCUUUCCAAUGUAAAUAAGAUUUCUAAUAUAUUUGAAGAUGUUGAGUUUUGUGUUAUGACUGGAACAGAAAACCAUUCAAAAUCUGAACUGGAAAGUAAAGUAGCAGAAAGUGGUGGUUAUGUGGUACAAAACCCUGGACCAGACACUUACUGUGUUGUUGCAGGAAUUAAGAAUGUCAGAGUAAAAAAUAUUAUAUCUUCCAACAAGCACGAUGUUGUGAAAGCAGAGUGGCUUUUACAGUGUUUUGAAAUGAAAAUGUUCGUACCAUGGCAGCCUGCCUUCAUGAUUCACAUGUCUCCAGAUACAAAACAACAUUUCUCAUGUCAGUACGAUCGUUAUGGUGACAGCUACACAGCAAAUACAGAUGUGACCCAACUAAAGGAAGUAUUCUCAAGAAUUAGUAAUAAAAAUGAUGAGAAGAUGCCUCUGGACAUGAUUGCUGACUUAGAAGAACGUUAUUUGUGGAAUAGCUCUCCACUCUGUAUGUUCAGGCAAAAUACCAUUUAUCUGGACCUUUAUGCUGUUGUUAAUGACCCCAGUACCAAGACCCAUGGAAUAAUGCUAUCAAUUAGAGCUUUGGAGCUCCGUUUUCAUGGAGCAAAAAUAGUCUCGCAGCUAAAGGAGGGUGUGUCCCAUGUAAUUAUGGGAGAAGAUCAUUCCCAUGUGAAAGAGAUGAAAGCACUUAGGAGAACAUUUGAGAAAAAAUUUAAAAUCCUAUCUGAGCUGUGGGUAACAGAUUCAAUAAAGGAGGGAAAGUUACAGAAUGAAAAUCCAUACCUAAUUUAAAGCACGUUUUAACUAGAAGUAAAGGCAUUGUAAUUAACUUGGUGGACUCAAGAUUUGGUGAGGUCUUCCUGCAUGUUUCCAGGUGUAUACCUAACCUAUGGUUAAAGAGUAGCUCUAAUUUUUAUAUAUUGGAAAAGGAAAGGUAGCAUCUCCUGUGCUUGGGAAGGAGGGAAAGACUUCAGGCUACAUUACACUGUUUGAGGAAAUGUCCAGUGCUAAAGAAAUAAUUGCAUGCUUUGUUUUUUACAAAGAUCUCCCAUAGGAGAUUGUUUUACUUAGCUAUGAAGAUAAUCUUAUACCACUGACAAAACUUUGCCUUUAUUUAAAUACUGGCUAUUUUAUACCAUUUGAUCUUUCUGAGGUGUGAGAUUAAACUUUUAAAACAAUAAUAUUUAAAGAGAAUAUGCUGUUGAAUAAAGAAAUUACAAAAAGCCUCUUAAACCAAAGCAUUAACACAGUUAAAUGUUUUAUACAGUUCUACAUUAAUCAUUAAAUAGUGAUAGUACUAUAUAAAUUUUAACAUUCUGAAGUAGAUAUUUAACAUAUUUGAAAACUUUUGGAAACUAUGCUGUGUGUAAAUUUAGAGAAAGUGAGUUUCAUGCAUUUUAAGGAUGUUUUUUUCAAUUGUUUAAAACAGAUCUGUAGAACUUUCAUUAAGUGUUAAACAUAACAUCAAUCAUAAUUGUAUAGUCAUAACUACAAUUUUUUAAAAAAAAUUGUAUAUACUCUAAAAGCUGUGAAAUUUGUCAUCCCUUCAUUGUAUUGCAACUGUAAUUGGUUUUGUACAAUUACAAAUAGGGGUUGCAAACUGGGUCCUUUAAGUAACACUUCAUUUUCAAUAAGACUCCUUGUAUGAGUGCUACUGUGUGAGUCGACGUAGACCUGGAUCCAAAGAUUUAGUUGAAGGGUGAAUAAAAUAUCAAAGUAACUUGUAUAUUGAGAAUAUACACAUAUUUAAAAACGUGGGUGACAUCCUGGCCCCAUAGAAGUCUAAGGCAAAUUGCCUAUUGACCUCAAUGAAGUUAGGAUUUCUUCCCUGGUUUCAGCUUACCUUUCUAUAAGUGAUGAUAUGAGUUACUUUAAGGUAUUCAGUAAUGUAUAGCAUUUUAUUUCCAAAUACACUUUGGUUUUAAUCAAGACUUUGUACUGAAUGAUUGAAAUAAAGAUCGAUGUUUUUUUUUAUUCCAGUCUGAAAUAUUAUUGUAAUGGGAAAAUAUUUCUCUAAUGGAGGGAAAAAAUAUGUGAACCUUUAGUGGCUGAUCCUGCCCUAUUAACGUAAAUAAGACUUUAGCCAUUAACUUCGAUGGAAUCAUGAUCAGGUGCCACAUAACAGUAUUUGACCAUAUCGAUUUUUCAAGAACACUUACAUAAAUAAUUAGGAACAUUAUAUCAAAAACCAAAGAGGAAGAAAGUAAGUUUCUCAUUUUUUUGCUUCCUUUUUAUUAGUAUAAACAUGAAGGGCUAACUUU